AAAUGCAGACCUUUACUUGGAAGUACAGUUAACUGGGACAGGAGGAGUAAAUUAGCAGAGAAGAAGAAGAGGUCGUUGUGAGCUCUGCAUCACUAAAAGCCACUCCAUGGCGAUAACAUCAACUGCCCUCCAUUUCUCCAACCUUCAAUUCCAAUUCCAAGCUUCGUCUUCAUGGAAUUUCAACCCCCAACUUUCUAACUCUUUGUCUGCUCUAAGUUACAAACCCAAUUUCCAAAUCCUUCGGACCCAAUUUCCGAAACCUCUCUGCUUGGCUUCCAAUGGGACCGAUUCCGCAUCAAGGGUUGCUGUGCUUGAUCCCUCUCUUGCCGUGAAGAAGAAGGCGAUGGAUAUAGCCCCUGGGCUGAAAGGAACUUCCAUAUUUCUUGUGGGGAUGAAUAGUUCAAUGAAAACCAGUUUGGGAAAACUUCUAGCGGAUGCCUUACGUUAUUAUUACUUUGAUAGCGAUAGUUUGGUUGAGGAAGCUGCUGCUGGUAAAUUCGGUGCCAAAUCUUUUAAAGAGAGUGAUGAGGAGGGCUUUCGUGUAUCUGAGACUGAAGUAUUGAAGCAAUUAUCAUCCAUGGGUCGACUGGUGGUUUGUGCUGGUGAUGGUGCAGUUCAGAGUUCAACUAAUCUGGCUCUUCUAAGACAUGGGAUCUCAAUAUGGAUAGAGGUACCUCUAGAAAUGGUGGCUAGGGGAGAGAUGGAAGACCAAAUGCAGCUGGCUGUGACAGACUCGGUAUCUGAUUCAGAGGUUGACCAGGUCUUGACUCAGCUAGCUUCCUUAUAUGAAAAGAUGAGAGGUGGAUAUGGGACAGCCGAUGCAACUGUUUCACUCCAAAAGAUAGCUUAUAAGUUAGGGUAUGAUGACCUAAAUGCUGUUACCGCAGAAGAUAUGACUUUAGAGGUUCUGAAGGAGAUUGAAAAGCUGACAAGAGUAAAGAGAAUGAUGGAAGAGGCUGCAAAACCUUUUUAAAUAAGAGGACAGAAUUUAUUCAUCUUUGCGACAUCUUUUAAAGGGUUUAUCAAAAUAUUGUCAGACCCACCUCAGCCAUUUUGUCUUCAUUACUCAACCUUUAUGUAUCCCUUACACAGGUCUGGUGCUUAAUUUGGCUGUGCUGAGUUAUAAAAAAAUUAACAAGAUAACCCUAUAUCCAAUCAUCGUCCUGUUUGUGAAAUUAUGUCAACAAAUGUAUUUAUAUAUAUAUAUAUAUAUAUAGAGUGCAUUAAUGUUCUUGGA